AUGGCCGAAAUUCAAUCAAUUUUAAAUAACCCUGCAGAAGUUCAUGGAAUUGCAAAAGUGAUUUUUGACAGUUUCGAUACAGAUCACUCAGGAAAUAUUGAAAGAAGUGAAUUGAAAGAGGCUCUAGGUAUGAUAUCUAAGGAUUGUGGAACGCCUCCCCCUGAUGAUGAAAUGGUAAACGAGCUCAUCGAAGCUUUAGACGAAGACCAAGAUGGUAAGCUGAACUUAGAAGAGUUCAAGGUUAUGGUUGAAGAGCUAUUGAAAGCGCUUUGCUAA